UGUAAUUCUUGUGUGUGGAACAUCACAAAUCACAAACAAAACUUUCACGUCCAUCCAUUUCUUACGACCUUAAUCCUGAUAUCUCUAAGAUUUGUUGCUUCUUUCGUGUUAACUUGGUCAAUUCCUGCGGAAUUCCUGUGGAAUUGACAAAUCCUUCUGCCCGAAAGAACUUUGCCAGGUCCUCGGCAUCACUGAUUUCUUGCUUUUCGCUGGGCUGACUGUUGAAUUUUCGAAAUCAGCCAGUUUGUUUUAAAUAAAACUUUCACCCAUUGGCGUUUGACUGGGCAAAAUCAUGCCGGACCAAAGCGAGAUGAAAAUCGCUGUCAUUUGUUCGAGCAACAUGAACAGAAGCAUGGAAGCCCAUGCGUUCCUCAGCAAAAAAGGUUUUUGUGUCAAAUCGUAUGGAACUGGAGACAAGGUUAAAUUGCCAGGACCAGCUGCUGACAGACCAAAUGUGUACGAAUUUGGCGCAACCUACGACGAAAUUUACAACGACCUUCUUCACAAAGACAAAGUCUUGUACACCCAAAACGGCCUGUUACACAUGCUCGAGAGGAACAGGAGAAUCAAACAGCGACCUGAAAGAUUCCAGUUAACCAAGGAAAAGUUUGAUGUGAUCAUUUCAUGCGAAGAGAGAGUGUAUGACCAGGUCAUUGAGUGUCUGGAAGGCAAGGAUAACGAAACAAACGCACCUGUUCAUGUGAUAAACAUCGACAUUCAAGACAACCACGAAGAAGCUACGAUUGGCGCCUUUUUGAUUUGCGAGUUGAUUGACUUGAUGAGCCACAGUGAGGACCUGGACAACGACAUCGAUGAGCUGCUGCAAGACUUUGAAUCCAAAAAUGAACGCAGUAUCUUGCACAGUGUUUAUUUUUACUAAGAUUGUGAUGGACAAGGAAAGCAUGAAAUAUUUUAUUCAAUUAAUUUACUUGAGUCAAAUGGUUAAUUGCCAAGGAAAAUUGGAACUGCGCGCUACUUAUUCAGGGCUUAGCCGCAUCAAAUGAAUAGCUAUUUCAGAGCAUUGAAAACUUGCUGAAAUAUCUGCCUCUUCGUACAAAAAAAUCGGUCCAUUACUCGUUUAUUUAUUGAAUCCCAAUUUAGUGAAUGGGUUUUCUGAAAUUAUUUAAAAAAAACUAAUAAAAAAUAAUUUUGGUAUUUUACUACUACUACAGAUUCAACUUAUUGUAAACUUAUGCUAAAGUCAACUACUUAUUCACUGUUAUGUGUUAAUUUUGUUCCUGUAUUAAAAAUUUGAGUGUUUACCAAUGAUAACACGCAUCAAUUACUUAUAUUAAAAUGCAAGAUGAUCAGUGCAAUUAAUAUAAUGCAAUUAUGUAGCCACUGAGAUAUAUAAUAUGGCUUUGGUUCACACUAUUGAGCUGGUUGUUUGUAACCAUCCAGAUGCUGUUAUUUCCAAAAUUUUCUCAAGCCAAUAGCAACAAAUCCAACAACCGCGAAAUGGUUCACCCCAGGAUAUUUAAAUUGGCCACUUCUUCAAAGAUUAACUAAUCCUCUUGGUUUGUGUAGAAGCAUGCAUAUAUGUCUUUUUGAUUUAUGUGGAAUUAUUGACGAAUUUAAAUAAGUCUGUUUUGUAUUCCCUGCUCUGGGAAGUUAUUAAUUGUAUUCUCCUAAGAAAUGGACAUGAUGUGGAAAAACUGUAAAAUAAACUGCUUGAUUUAAGCCAAAUUUACGACAACA